CAGACAGACAGACAAAAAUAAUAACAAGAAAAAAAUACGAGUGUCUGAUCAGACAGACGAAAAGUGUAACCCAAAUUGUUUAAAACUUAAACGAGACGAAACUGAAACUGAAACUAAAAUCAUAAUAGUGAAAACACAUACAGGAUAAGUUAUAGAAAGAUAGGAAUAGUCCCCGUUCAUUGAUUGCAUAAUAGGUCGUAUCAUAAGUGGUACAAGGGGUUUAAUUCAUGAAGAAAGUUCUUAAUUCAUUAUAUCAUAAAUUUAAAGUUGCGUUUAAACCUUUUGGUCUCGUUUAACUGAAAUUUCGAAUUAUCAUCAACUUUUUCUAAUAAUACUUUCAUUGAUCACUAAUAUAUGCUGAAGAGCAGCUCACAGAUAGAUGUCAUACCGUCAUCUAAUCUGAAAUCAGCAGCUUCUUUAUCGACUUCAGCCUCAACUACAACUCCAACUACAGCCACAGCUACUGUCGAUAAGCCAACUCCCUUGUUAAAAGUUUUAUUACUUGGAGAUUCAGGGGUUGGUAAAACUUGUUUAAGAUCACAAUUUGUUCAUCAUGUAUUCACAAAUUCUUAUCGAGCUACCAUAGGAGGAGAUUAUUUAACUACUUCUAUAGAAGUACCUCCUGAUUCAUCAUCAUCUUCAUCAUUAUCAAAAUCAAAUACUACAUAUGAUUCAGACCAAGACCCUGAAUUAACUUCAAAUACUAUAAUACCAUCAGAUAUAAAAUCAACUAAGGUCAAUUUACAAAUAUGGGAUACAGCUGGUCAAGAACGUUUCAAUUCAAUAUCUCAAGCAUUUUAUAGAGGAACAGAUGUGGUGGUUCUUGUGUAUGAUAUCACCAAUUAUGAAUCAGUCUUAAGUUUAAGAGAUUGGUUUAAACGAUUUUUAGAACAUUGUCAUGUCGAAAGACCAGGAGUGGUUAUUGUGGGGAAUAAAAGUGAUAAAGUCAACGAUAGAUGUGUUGAUUUAGAAGAAAUUAGAGAAAUCGUAACCGCAAAUACUACAGUUAAUCUUGAUGAUUUUGUAAUUGAUUGGAAUAUGGAUUUACGAGAAGUUUCAUCUAAAAGAUUAGAUGUGGUAAAUGAGUUAUUUAUUCAAGUAGCGAAAGUUGGUCUUGAAGCAAUGUCUGGUAACCCAUCCCAACGAAGUUAUUUCCAUGGCUUUGAUAAUAUCAUACUUCAUGAUCCACCCAUCAAUGUACAACCUUCAUCUUCCAAAUGUGCAUGUUAAUGAUAAACCAAUUAAAAAAAAACCUUAAUGACCUCUCUAAUUCUUCACAAAUGUAUCACAAUUUGCAACCCUUAGAUUAUUCCCUUUAUAGAUUUAAUGAAUAUAAUAAUUAUAAUAAUAAUAAUAAUGCUUUUAUUA